AGAUGUGCCUAUUGGACCAUAAUGGCCAAACGAUUGAUAGACUCUGAGAGCAGCGUGUCUGUUUCUGUCCUUGUUCUGGACAAACCACGGAAACCGAGCAUCUCCCUGAAACAGUCUUACGGCGUCUUCGUCAGGGGCGAAAUGGUUAACAUUACCUGCAGCGUAGAUUUCCAGUCAUCGCGGUACAGUUUCUAUCUGCACACCAGCGAGCAGAGGAGGCUCAUUUUCUUUGCUGAGCAUAGGUCCAGUUUCAUCACUUUCCAAGUACAGGCGGCUGAGUCAGACUAUUAUAUGUGUGAGUGCGGCGUAAAUGUCUCGGGGCAACGAAAGUAUUCAGAGCUCAGCGAGAAGCUGCAUGUGGCCGUGAUCGAACGUCCAAAAAUGCCAGAAAUCGAGCUAAACGAGUCCGCAAGGAUCUUUCUGACAGGCGAAUCCGUCGGCAUCGUAUGUCGAGUGGGCGCUCCGUCCACAGUCCGUGGGUUUUAUCUGUAUAAAGGCGACAGUGACCGUUCUCUUCAACAGAUCCGUGAACCUAACGGGUCCAGUUCUGUCAGUUUCCAGGUUGUAGUCAACGAGACAGGAGAGUACAGAUGUGCCUAUUGGACCAUAAUGGCCAAACGAUUGAUAGACUCUGAGAGCAGCGUGUCUGUUUCUGUCCUUGUUCUGGAUCGUCGUCUAGAACCAGAGAUUUCCCUGAGCCUGAAUUUUACAACAGUCGUUAAAGGGGAAUUGUUGCUGUUGACUUGCACGGCCCCGGUUCAAGACUCAGUCGAGAUGUUUUAUCUGUACCAACGUGAGAACUUACUGGACGUGGCGCCCCCUUUAAUCAUGAAGGGGAGUCAGACUGUAGUGUUUAACAUCACGGAGACAGUGAACCCUGGAGUGCAACAAUACGACUGUAUGUACACCACGCUCAUUGCAGAGCGAUUGAUCAGUUCACAGCGAAGCAAUCCAGUGAUAUUGACGAUAAAAGACCACGUGCGAAAACCAACCUGUCUGUUGGAGUUUCAUGAUUACCUCCUUGCAGAGACUCAAAAUGCCACUAUGAAUUGUACAGCGCCGAUUCCCUAUCCAUCCAUGACAUUUCUUUUCUACGGGAUUUCUCAAACUCCCAUUCAUUCCACUCAAGUGACGGAUGGCCAGAGUUCUGCUGCUUUUGAUUUCUUGGUUCCUCGAUUUCGAAACAAGAGCGUUCACUACUCAUGUAGCUAUCAAGUAGACAUUGGUGAGAGAUGGAUAGAAUCGGACAAAUGCAUCCCGCUCCGUUCAGAUGGAAUCUUUCUGAAGCUUCUGAUUAUUCUAGGCUCUGGCCUGCUGCUACUUCUGCUCAUCAUCAUUUUGAUCUGCACGAUAGUAAUCGUUAAAACAGGUAUCUGCACUUUCAAUAACACCAUGAUUUAUAAAAUCGUGAGGAGCGUCAAAAAGGUGAAAAGCCAAGGUCUUUACCCCAGGGUUAAACCACCUCUGAGACAGAAGGACUGUGCCCCUCAGGAAGUUUUCGUUUUGUAA